GCUGGGGGCUGGACCAAGCUUGAGGGCGGAGCCGACGGCUCGGGUCGGCCGCUGUGCUCUCCAGAGCUCCCCGGCUGCUGCGAUUCCGUCCGAGACCCGGGCCACCCAAGGGCCGGUGGACGCUCGCUGGCCCUGGGCUCUGUAAAGCCCCGAAGGUAAAUCCGCCUAGGAGCCGGGCGGCUCGAGCGAGAGGGGGCCAACGACCGGGCUGGGCAGCUGGAUGGCGGCGGAGGGGAGCGUCGCGCGGCGGCAAGUUUCUCCAAAAAGCUGAACUCGUCGCAAAGUUUCCUGUGCAUCAGCUUGCACCCUGCGUACUGGUGGCGGGCUUUUUCCGUGCGGGUGGUCUUUGGGCGCUGGAGGGACGCGGAGGUAAUUGGAUUUUUCCGCCUCGUCACAGCCCAGAUUUCUCUCACGGACCGCGCGUUGCGGAGGGCGCAGAUUUUUGCCCUAGCAGAGGGGGGUAGUCGACACGCAGUUGGGUCGCGCACAGCAGUCCGGUGACCGCCAGGCUUGGAGCGCGUCUGCAAGGCGUGCCUGCUUGUCCCGAGGCAAAGUUCCAUGAUUUCUUUCCUCUUUAGGCAACUGGGUGCUGUUCCUUCCCGGGCUGACCUCGGAGUCUCCGCUAUGGACAGCGAGAGUGAAGUGGAUUUUUCUAGCAACAGCUUAACCCCUUUGUGGCGGAGGCGGUCAACUCCUCAGCCUCAGUUGCUGGGCCGGAGCAAGCCGAGGCCCCAAUCCUACCAGAGCCCCAGCGGGUUGCUGAUCACGGAUUUCCCCGUGGAGGACCGAGGGACGCCCCCCGCCAUGCAGGCUCCCACCCAGGGACCCACCGCUUCGGAGGGCAGGACGGUCCAGGGGAACCCACAGCUUCUGUGUGCCCAUAGGAGGGUGGUGACCAAUGGGAGGACGAUCUCCCCGGAAUAUAGAUCUGUCUCUCCUCGGCUGCGACGGCCCAACUCUCCCCAGGCUCCCAAAGCAGUGUCAGGGGUCUCCUCGAAAUCCCCAGCGAAUGGCACUGUGACCUCGCCCCUACCGCAGCCUGUGUGCCCCCAGCGGACUACCAAGUCGCCCCCCUGCUGCAGCUGGGAGGUAGACCUGACCGCAUCGACUACGAGCCCCCUGCCUUCAACCGCUGCAAAUGGGCUUUUCCCUGAAAUCGACUCCCCAGGCUCUGGUUCGCGAUCUGGCCAGGCAACUAAGGACCCUGAGCCAGAACCCACGAAACUCUCUCCUGCGCCCCAGAAAAGUUCUUCGGAACACAAACUCCCCCUCCAAAGGCUGCCCUCCCAGGAGAACGAGCUUCCAGAGAAUCCUUCAGUGGUUUUGAGCACCAACAGCCCCGCCGCCCUCAAAGUGGGGAAACAGCAAAUCAUUCCGAAGAGCCUGGCCUCGGAAAUUAAACUAAGUAAGUCCAACAGUCAGAAUGUGGAGCCCCACAGGAGACUCUUCAAGGUGCGCAGCAUGGUGGAGGGCCUCGGAGCGUCUCUGGGCCCCUCAGAGGAUGAGGGCGACGCGGAGAACGACGUGGACAGCCCAGGGUCUCUGCGGCGAGGCUUGCGAUCCACAUCCUAUCGCAGGGCGGUGGUCAGUGGCUUUGAUUUUGACAGUCCUACCACUUCAAAGAAGAAGAACAGAAUGUCCCAGCCUGUUCUGAAAGCGGUGAUGGAAGACAAGGAGAAGUUCUCCAGUCUGGGAAGGAUAAAGAAAAAAAUGCUGAAAGGACAAGGAACAUUUGAUGGGGAAGAAAAUGCUGUCCUGUAUCAGAACUACAAAGAAAAGGCUCUUGACAUUGACUCUGAUGAAGAGUCGGAGCCCAAAGAACAGAAGUCAGAUGAAAAAAUUGUGAUUCACCACAAGCCACUGAGGUCCACGUGGAGCCAGCUGUCUGCGGUGAAAAGAAAUGGAUUAUCACAGACAGUUAGUCAAGAGGAAAGAAAGAGGCAGGAGGCUAUCUUUGAAGUCAUAUCCUCUGAACAUUCCUAUUUACUCAGCUUGGAGAUUUUGAUACGAAUGUUUAAAAAUUCUAAAGAACUGAGUGAAACAAUGACCAAAACAGAGAGUCACCAUCUUUUCUCCAACAUUACAGAUGUCUGUGAGGCAAGCAAAAAAUUCUUUACAGAGUUGGAAGCAAGACAUCAGAGUAAUAUCUUCAUAGAUGACAUAAGUGACAUUGUGGAAAAGCACACAGCCUCCACAUUUGACCCAUAUGUGAAGUACUGCACAAACGAAGUCUACCAGCAACGCACACUACAGAAAUUGUUAGCCACUAACCCAUCUUUUAAGGAAGUACUGUCACGAAUUGAGUCCCACGAAGACUGCAGGAACUUACCCAUGAUCUCCUUCCUCAUUCUCCCCAUGCAGAGGGUGACUCGCCUGCCCCUGCUCAUGGACACUAUCUGUCAGAAAACACCGAAGGACUCUCCGAAGUAUGAGGUCUGCAAAAGAGCCCUAAAGGAAGUGAGCAAGCUGGUUCGACUGUGCAAUGAAGGAGCUCGGAAGAUGGAAAGGACUGAAAUGAUGUACACAAUUAACUCCCAGCUCGAAUUUAAAAUUAAGCCUUUUCCUUUAGUCUCCUCUUCCCGGUGGUUGGUCAAAAGAGGUGAGUUGACAGCCUACGUAGAAGACACCGUGCUUUUCUCAAGAAGGACAUCUAAACAGCAAGUCUACUUCUUUCUCUUUAAUGACGUGCUCAUUAUCACCAAGAAGAAAAGUGAAGAAAGUUACAACGUCAAUGAUUAUUCCUUAAGAGAUCAGCUACUGGUGGAAUCUUGUGACAACGAAGAGCUGAAUUCCUCUCCAGGGAAGAACAGUUCCACAAUGCUUUAUUCAAGACAGAGCUCGGCCAACCACCUCUUCACUCUGACCAUCCUUAGUAACCAUGCGAGUGAGAAAGUGGAGAUGCUGCUCGGGGCUGAGACGCAGAGUGAGCGAGCCCGCUGGAUAACCGCCCUGGGACACAGCAGCGGGAAGCAGCCUCUGGACCGAACCUCACUGACCCAGGUGGAAAUCAUUAGAUCGUUCACUGCCAAACAGCCAGAUGAACUCUCCCUGCAGGUGGCAGAUGUGGCUCUCAUCUAUCAGCGGGUCAGCGAUGGCUGGUAUGAGGGGGAACGGCUGCGAGAUGGAGAGAGGGGCUGGUUUCCUAUGGAAUGUGCCAAGGAGAUAACCUGUCAGGCUACAAUUGACAAGAACGUGGAGAGAAUGGGACGCUUGCUAGGACUGGAAACCAACGUGUAGCCUCCCCGACGGCCUUCCACGAGCGCGCGAGAUUUGCACUACAUCCCGGCCGGCUGGUUGGUUCUGGGCCGGCUUGGUUGUUCAUUUUAACGCAGCCCGUUUCAUUAGAAGAAUGGAAACACUUGCCUUUACGCUUGCCAGGUGGUUCUGCUCUCUCCGGAGAACAGCUACCAGAUACAGUGAGUUCGCAAGUCUCAGUGGGAGCAUACUGUCCACGUGCAGCCUUCCUGAGGCCCGCAGAUAGAGGGGAGUCUGCUGCGGGGGCCAGGAGGCUGAAGCUCCGGCCGGGCUCACCCUUUUCUGGCCUGGAAAAUGGAUAUUGGAGUCUGUGCCCUGGUUUUCUUUUUCCUCUUUCGCCGAGAAUGUUACUGUCCCUCCUUUUAACUUCUCCUUUGUAUGGUUCUCCCGGUCUUAGCAAGAGUCUGUGUGUUUAAGGAAUGCCCAGUUUUGUAAAUGUUUUUUCUGCCUCUUUUAUUUUAGAUCUGAUUCUAAUGCUAAGAGCAUUUCACAAGGAACUUGUAGAGCUCAAAAGGUGAGCUGUUGAGUUUUUCUAAACCUCUUCCCGGGGAAAGGGAAACUGACACUUGAAUUUUUGCCACCUCUUUCCUCAUUAGGAGAGAAGCUUACUUUAGAGAUUUUCUUUUUAAAUCCAUCUUACCCAGUAUUGGUCUCCAAUAAGUAGAGCCUAAUGAAACCCUACUCAGGCUACUCAAAUAAGAUAGAAUUUAGAUGGUUCACAUGAGUGAAAAAACCCUGAAUAUAGGAGAGGGUCCUACUUUUUUUUUUUUUUGAAUGUUCCCAAAUGAGCUGAUAAACUGACAUGAGGCUGCUUUGCCUUUAAUAAUUUUGCCUUUUAUAAUUUCUUUAAUAAAGGUUUUGACUGUUGCUACUCCUGUUUCUAAACAGGAAAUUGGCCAAAACACAAUCUUAAGGUAAAAUUAGAACCCUACCAAGGAAUCAAGAUGCCAACACGGCAUCUAACUGAAACAUUAUAUUUUGGUCUUAACGGGAAUCCAUUUUAUAUGCACUAAAGGUCUUGCUUGCUGCAGUUGGAGGAUCUCUCCUCCAUGGAUGUCUGCAGAACUUUAUUUCUUCCCUCUCCCGCUGGUGCAAGGAGAGAGGAUUUUAAUAGUUCGUUUCAUAGAGAGGGAAUGAGGGUUUGGAAGAUGGAGGAGGCAAGGUGGUUUUUACUGGCAGGUAGGUUCCUCUCCAUUCCAUUUUCUUCUACAGAGUGAUAAACCCUGGCAAAGGGUGCAUUAUUCAAGAACUCAGAUCUGUGACACAUUCCACCCACCGCCCGCCAACCAGGUACCCAAAUCAUUAGCAAAGCGGGCAAAGCAGAAGCUCAGGGUAGGAGCUGUGUGUUUGCCUCACACACCCCGUCUUGCCAGCUCAGCUGUGAGCCCGUCCAGUGCACCCGGGGCCUUCUCGUCCCUGGAUCGCUCUCCUUGACUUACGCAGACAUUUCUGGGUGUCAGAGACAGGCAAUCCCCUGAGGGCCUUGAGGUUUGGGCCAGUCACUGAAGUAAGAGCAGUGGACACAGCACAUUUCUCCAGGUUGGUAUAACAAGGAGUCGAUCUCUUGUUUUGUGUCACAGACCUUUUAGAGGAGAGGUUAAGAAAUUGUACUCUAAUCUCAUGUGAUGUUUGCAUUUAAGAAGGUAAAUGUUUUGCUUGCAAAGGGAUCAUUUUGUUAUUUUUGCUAAUAUCCAUUUGAAGCUAAAAAGCAACCGUAUGAAUCCUGUGAAUUAAUUUAUAAGUAGAGAUGUUAAACAGUCUUGGAAAUACAGGUGUUUUAUAAAUCAAAGCCUCAUCCAGCAAGCAGGUGAGUACUGUUACUGGGUUGUGUUGUUAUACAGCGGGUGUGUAACAUACCCAGUUUCAUUUCCACCAUGAAUUGUCAUUUUCAUAGGACAGUACUGUUUUCCAACCUAGUUCAGUUUCUACGAAUAACUUCUCAGAACUGUACAAUGUAUUCAUUUAGUGACCUGGGGAGAACAAAAACACUCAUUUUUGUCCCAACGAAUCGAUACUGCUUGUAUACUUUUGGUGCAGUGAAUUUAUAAAGAUUUUGUAUAUACUUGU